AUGAAAACCACCUUCUCCUGCUCUCUGUGUUCACUUUCCUACACAACCCAAAACCAGUUACACCAGCACAUCGAGGAGGAACACUGCGACAAAACUGAGGCACUGCUCAAAUCAGAGGCGGAUGAAAACGAGGACGUGAUGCCCAGCAUCAGUUCUGGUACUCAGGAGAUGUGUUCUGGUUCCUCUCAAGGACCGAAGCAGGCCGACUUCUGCUCGGACUGCGGGAAGAGCUUCAGCUGCCGGAGUGCUCUGAAGGUACACCGGCGCAUUCACACCGGAGAGAGGCCGUAUCAGUGCUCGCAGUGUGGGAUCCGAUUCAUCCAGCAGAGUAACCUCAAGAAACACCAGCGCAUUCACACCGGAGAGAAACCGUUUCAGUGCUCGCGCUGUGGAAAGAGUUUCAGCCAGGAGAGCACUCUCAAACUGCACCAGCGCAUUCACACCGGAGAGAAACCGUACCAGUGCGCGCAGUGCGGGAAGAGUUUUAUUCAGCAGAGUCAUCUUAAGAAGCACCAGCGCAUUCACACCGGGGAGAAGCCGUAUCGCUGCUUGCUGUGCGGGAAGAGUUUCAAUAACCAGAGCAAUCUCAGGAUCCACCAUCGCAUUCACACCGGGGAGAAACCCUACUGCUGUUCUCAGUGUGGGAAGAAUAAGGGACGCAGCCCUCGGCUUCUUCACCACCAGCGCACUCACACCGGGGAGAAGCCGUACCAGUGCUCGCAGUGCGGCAAGAGCUUCAGUUACCAGAGCGUUCUCCAAAACCACCAGCGCAUUCACACCGGAGAGAAACCGUAUCAGUGCUCGCAGUGCGGGAGGAGCUUCAACGUAGCGAGCUCUCUUCAAACCCACCAGCGCAUUCACACCGGAGAGAAACCGUAUUCGUGUUCACACUCAAACUCUUUCCAGAUCCACCAGCGCAUUCACACCGGAGAGAAGCCCUAUCAGUGCUCGCUGUGCUGGAAGAGUUUCAAUCGCGCCAAUUCCCUACAAAUCCACCUGCGCAUUCACACCGGAGAGAAACCCUAUCAGUGCUCGCAGUGUGGGAAGAGUUUCAAUCGAGCGAAUUCUCUUCAGAUUCACCGGCGCAUUCACACAGGGGAGAAACCUUAUUCCUGUUCACAGUGUGGGAAGAGUUUUAGUCGAGCUGAUAAUCUACAAGUACACCAGCGCAUUCACACUGGAGAGAAACCGUAUCAGUGUUCGGUCUGUGGAAAGAGUUUUAGUGAUGUUGGUUCUUUCACAAAACACCAGGGCAUUCACACCGGAGAGAAACCGCAUCAGUGCUCAGAGUGCGGGAAGAGCUUUAAUAGAGCGACAUCUCUCCAAACUCACCAGCGCAUUCACACAGGAGAGAAACCCUAUUCCUGUUUACAGUGUGGAAAAAGUUUUAUUCGAGCACAUAAUCUCCAAGUUCACCAGCGCAUUCACACCGGAGAGAAACCGUAUGAAUGCUCGCAGUGCGGCAAGAGUUUCAGCCAACAGAGUACGCUCCAUCUGCACCAGCGCAUUCACACAGGAGAGAAACCCUAUUCCUGUUUACAGUGUCAGAAAAGUUUUGCCGACGUCCGCUCACUCCAGAUACACCAGCGCAUUCACACCGGAGAGAAACCGUAUCAGUGCUCAGACUGUGGAAAGAGUUUCAGUUACCAAAGUGCUCUCCAGGUUCACCAGCGCACUCACACCGGAGAAAAACCUUACAAGUGCCUGCAGUGUGGGAAAUGCUUUCAUCGGGCGGAUUCCCUCCAGAAACACAAGCGCAUUCACACCGGGGAGAAACCUUUUUCCUGUUUACAGUGUGGAAAGAGCUUCAAUCGCGCAGACAACCUUCAAGCCCACCAGCGCAUUCACACUGGGGGAAAACUCAACCAGUGUUUAAAGUGUGGAUGCAGAUUUGCCGAUUCUAAAUCACUAAGCGAACACAGAUGGACGGUGCUGGUGGUGGGCGUGACUCCUGGCACUGAUCCAGAUCAGCCGUGGGCUUCGGGCAUGUGGAUCUGUGUGUGUAUCGUUCUGAUCAGCUCUAUCAUCAUACUGCUGCUCUGCUUCAUCGUCUAUAUUCACCAUGUACACGUCAAAGGUCAGAGAAACUCGAAACCUCCAGCUCCUCAUCAGAACGGUACCACUAACCACCUGGGAUCAGCACGGGAGCACAAAGGCGAUUUCCUAACCGACUUUCCAAACUCUCAUGGCAGGGUGCAGGUUGUUCCACUUUGCGAGAGGGAUUGUGGUUCUGGGUGGAGCUUGUGUAAAGCUAGGGCGGAGCACGUCGUCCCAUUACCGGCAACAGAACUGGGAGACUCCGCCCUCGUCACCACCAAAACCGUUCAGCCGGUCGAAUGUUUUUACAGUGAAGAUCCGUAA